ACGAGAUCGUGGUGGAUCACCUGAAGAUUUCGGUUCUGUGUGUGGAGAGAGAAGAAGAUGCCUCCAUUUCCCAACUUCAGAGCCGAAGUUGCCAAAGCACCUCAUUUUUCUCUCUCAUCCUUGGAUAUCACGUCGGAAGUCUUGCUGCAUCCAUCAAUCGUGAUGUAUCCACUCUGUACUCCUGGCUAGAAAGUAGUUGUCCUCUGAGAAUCUGAAAAAGAUAUCUGUAGCGCGAGCUUGGUUCGAACUUUCAACUCAUCUUUUUCUCAUUAUCUUCCUCAGCCAAGCAUUGAACGAAAAAGUGGAAAAGAUAUCCUUGCAAGAAAAGCAAUUUGACCAUGGCUCCUUAUUCCCACGACGACGAUGCGACCGACGCUGUAGAACCAUCCCCCAGUGUCCAUCCUUUGGAUCCUCUCUCCAAGCACGAGAUUAUUCAAGCUGUGGAGAUUGUCAAGAAGGAUUUGAACACGGCGAGUCUUCGAUUUGAAACCAUCGAGCUGUUUGAACCACUCAAAUCGGCUGUCCGAGAAUUUGACCAAAGCAAUAACGGCGCUGUGGCUGUGGUUGAGCGCAAGGCCCGCGUCAAUGCCUUUACCAUUGGCCCUGGCAUUGGAGUGUGGAAGAUGGUUGUGUCGCUGACAAAUUCCAGUCUUUGUACCAAAACCUUUUUGCCUCAGGCGCGUCCCAUGAUUCAAUUGGAAGAAUUUGAACAGAUUGAAAAGGUUGUCAAGGAGGAUGAACGUGUCAUUGCCGCCUGCGCCAAACGAGGCAUCACGGACAUGAGUCUGCUCUGCGUUGACCCAUGGAGCUCGGGUACCUUUGGUGAAAGCUACGAACAGGAUCGGCACCUCAGCUACGCCUUUUUGUGGGUCCGAUCCAAAGAAUUGGACAAUUUAUAUGCCCAUCCUGUCAGCGGAUUGAAUCCGGUAGUGGAUAUUAAGGAAAUGAAAGUGGUUCAUGUGGAUGAUUGGGAAGAAGAUGUUCCGGAAAAAGAUCGCACUCCCAUUCCCAGCAAAGAAUGCAACUACGACCGUGUCUUUUUGGGCGAGGACAAGAAGCCACGCACCGAUCUGAAUCCCAUCAAUGUUGUCCAGCCAGAAGGUGUAAGCUUUUCUCUCCGUGGGCAUACAUUGAAAUGGCAUGACUGGUCCAUCCUGGUUGGUUUCAAUGGUCGCGAAGGUAUCACCUUGCACAAUAUCAAGUAUCAAGGUCGUCCCAUCUGCUACCGAGCCUCUCUGAGUGAAAUGGUAGUCCCUUAUGGAUCCCCCAAGGCACCGCAUUAUCGCAAGAAUGUUUUUGAUAUUGGUGAAUAUGGACUUGGCAACAUGGCCAACUCUUUGAAGCUGGGCUGUGAUUGUGUUGGUGCAAUUCAGUACAUGGAUGGUUGGAUCUCCGAUAUCCAGGGCAACCCACAGUGCAUUGAAAACGCAAUUUGCAUUCAUGAAGAAGAUUUUGGCAUUCUUUGGAAGCAUUGGGACUUCCGCACGGACAGAACCGAAAUGCGCCGUGCGAGGCGACUGGUGGUUUCUAGUAUUUCAACGGUUGGAAACUAUGAAUAUGGAUCCUAUUGGUACUUCUACUUGGAUGGCACCAUUGAAUUUGAGAUGAAGGCCACAGGAAUCAUCAACACAGUUGCCUGCCCCCCGAUGAAGCCCGACCGCUACGGAACCGAGGUUACCCCCGGAGUCUUUGGUCAAAUCCACCAGCACAUCUUUUGUGCUCGUCUCGACAUGAGCGUGGACGGAGACGAGAACACGGUCGUAGAAUGCAACACAGUUGCCGUCCCAAUGGGCAAGGACAACCCCUACGGCAAUGCUUUCUACGUGGAAUCGACGCCCUUGGUGACGGAAGGAGGUCGGUACAGGAAUCCUGACUCGGAGCGAUUCUGGAAAGUCACCAAUCCCUCCAAGACCAAUCACGUUGGUCAACCUGUUUCGUACAAGUUGGAGCCUACCCAUUCCGUCAAAGUCUUUACCCAUCCUAACUCGCCCUCUGGGAGGCGGAUGGGCUGGACCUACAAUCAUCUCUGGGUAACCCCCUAUGACGAAGAAGAACGCUACCCCACGGGCGAUUUUGUAAACCAGCACGAUGGGAGCAAUGACCUUUCAAAAUGGGUUCAGAAGGAGCGUUCCAUUGAGAACACUGACAUUGUGGCUUGGCACGUCUUUGGAUUGCAUCAUCCGGUUCGCCCAGAGGACUUUCCGGUUCAGAAUGCUAUCAACACUGGUUUCAAGUUGAUGCCGGUUGGUUUCUUUGACCAGAAUCCCAACAUCAUCGACCUGCCGUUUGAACGCAACCAGGCCAGCAAGUAUGCUUCAGAGGCCAGCGCCAGCGCAUGUUGCCAGUAGACAGAGCAAUGGAAAGGAAAGGAGAGAUCUCCUGUUCAGUCUUUUGAUGGCCUGCCCCCUGCUGGCUUCCGAUCAGGCACUACAGCAUGUGCUGCAACGCCUUCCUACUAGUAGUAGUCCUAGUUAUAGAAGAACGCUGUAAUGCAUCUUUUGAUUAUAGUCUCAGCUGGUUAAAGUAGCCAUGCCGAACACACGAGAUCGCAGUUCCCGAAC